CCUGAUUCUCAGUUUUUUUUUUAUUGAUAUGAAUCAUCCAACCUAGUUUUUCUGAUUGCCGAUUAUUUUGUAAUCUACGACCUACAAUACAAAUUUUACAAAACCCUUGAGAUCAGCAUUUUGUUUAUAAUAGCAAAAUCACUAUUUACAUUUUAUUUUCGCGAAUUAGGUCGAGGCUCAGUUUUCAUUUAAGCUCCAUCAACACCGGUUCCAUCAACCGAAAUGUCAAUCCUUCAUUUAUUUUCUUUUUGGAUAGCCAUAGACUGUGUAAUAACUGGAUGGGUUUAUCCCAUUCAAAAUUGCCCAGAGUUCAAAUUCGCAUUCGAUGCCAAUGGAGAGAAUCCUAUUGGACUUUUCACGGCUCCCAAAACUGGCGUUUCUCAAUUUAAUUGGACGGUAGAAUUCAGUUUUCACGGCUGUGUAAACAAUGCCAUUUCUGUCUUCGAACCAUAUCUCAACGAAAGUAUGAUUAAAAACCAAAUGGAAAAUGACUCGCCUGCUCAAAUGUUUGUAGGUUUCAAGGAAGAAAACAUGUAUCCAUGGCUACCCAGGAUGACACUUCUAAAGCUGAACGGGCAAACAUUGUGCAGCACAGAGUUAAAUCUUCGAUGCUAUUCCCUAUAUACCCUAACUCGAAACUGUGCUGUACGUCGAAUAAGCCGUAAAAUUGUUAAUUAUCUUUCGGAUACCGCAAAAACUGCACAGAUACAGAUUAAACUACUGCCUAGAGACAAAAAUAACAGAAUAUUAAAAAAUGCUGUAAUAAUUGAUAGCUAAUCAAUACUAGCAUGAUUAAUUAAUUAAUGCUUGUUCUGCUAAUAAAACAUUGUAACUAAAUAAAAUUAAUUAGAAAUAUUGAUAAGGGAAGUAAAUACAUGUUUAGUAUUUACUACCCUUAUCAAUAUUUGUAUGUUCAACUUUAUUAUGACCCCUCAUACACUGAUACCAACAUCACAAUAAUAACAUAGCAAAAGUCCUCGAUUAAUAGGUAAAACCCAGAUGAGGUGAAUUUUUACAUUUGCAAAUGGUGUACAAACAAAAACCAAACUUUAAAUACAGAGCU